AUGGCCAGAGUGAGUACCAGAAUUAUCUUCUACGAGGACAGGAACUUCACGGGCCGCUCCUAUGAGUGCAGCAGCGACUGUUCGGACAUGUCCUCCUACCUGAGCCGCUGCCACUCGUGCAGGGUGGAAAGCGGCUGCUGGAUGGUGUACGAUCGCCCCAACUUCAUGGGAAACCAGUAUUUCCUCAGGAGGGGCGAGUAUGCCGACUACAUGAGCAUGUGGGGCUGGGGCAACAACUGGAUCAGGUCCUGCCGCAUGAUCCCUAUGUACAGGGGCUCGUACAGAAUAAGGAUGUACGAGAGGGAGAACUUCCUGGGGCAGAUGAUGGAUGUGACUGAUGACUGCGACUCCAUCACGGAUCGCUACCACUGGUCUGGUGGAUGCCACUCGUGCCACGUCAUGGAGGGGCACUGGCUUAUGUACGAGCAUCCUCACUACCGAGGCAGGAUGUGGUACUUCAGGCCCGGAGAGUAUCGCAGUUUCAGGGAGAUGAUGGGAAUGAGCGGCAUGAGGUUCAUGAGCAUGAGACGCAUCGUGGAUUCUUGGUAUUAA